AUGCGCUCAGAGAACAUUAGACGUCAGGAAAGGGAUGUACUUGCAAUCCUGCGAUUGCUGCAUAAGCGACACCAGUCAUCAUCAGCUGGGAAAAAUGCGACUGACCAACAGCCACCUAUGCCGCCGUCCAAACUAAUAUUUCGAGCUUUACGCCAAGGCCUAAGCUUCCGGCCUCUACUCCACGCAAUCCGCGGCCAGAAUCUGCGCACACUUUUCCGUCAAAGCCCCGAGGAGCUUGUAAUCGCCAUUAUUAUUCUCUGCGCCUGUGCUGGUGUCUCGGUCUAUGUAGUAUACUCUUAUUUCAACUACUUCCAAUCCGAACAAUUCACUCGUUUCCCUCCUGACAUAGCGAAAUCUCUACGUCGCGCAUUAUAUUAUACGAAUUAUUCGCCAGAUCCGAAGCUCGCGCUCAAAUACUAUAAGCUUGCCCUUGAACAAUGCACAGCUGCUGGCUUAGAUCCCUUCUCCGAUGAAGUGAUCGGCGUUAGGAUUCAGCUCGCAGCGUGGUUGGAGAAGAUUGGAAAAUAUCAAAACUCGAUCGAGGUCCUAGAAGCGCUACUACGGGAUUGCAAAAGAUGGGUUGAAAAGAUGGAGAAAAGUGUUCAGGAUGGGUUUGUCGAUAAGGCGGGAAGGUUAAUAAGCGCUGCUAUACCAAAAGCCGAACCCCCGAAAGAGGGCGAUGAUGGUGCUAUAGAGCUGCCAGAGAACUUGUGGGCAAAGCGCACUCGGGUUUUAGGCAAGUCCGUUGGAAUUAGUGUCAAGCUCGGUGAGCUGUACGCGGACGAGCAUGUUCUUCAAGGCGACGCAGCAGGUGAGCACUUGAUUUGGUCUGUUGAGACAGUCUUGAAAGAAUUACAAAGACGCCAAGUCGAGGGAGUCAAGGAGGGUGAGGGUGACUGGAUGACCCCUGAGCAAAUUGGAGGAGCCUUGGAAGCUUUGGGGAAUCAUUAUGAGUCCAAGUCUCAGCAUUAUCUUUCGGCGCCUCUAUAUUUACAAGCAGUGUCACUUUCACCCCCAAAUAGUUGCCACACUGCUGUAUUAAUGAACAACCUAGCUAUCUCUCUUGCCCAGCAGCCGGUGCAGUCCCCAUUCCAGGCUGCACCUGCUCCAGGAGCUGGGAAGCAAAGUCAACCCGCCAAUGCGACGCCCACUCGAGCUACGCUCCUGGCCAGCGCUCGUCAAUGGGCCUUACAGGCGUUGGGCACUGCACAGAAAGUGACUGGGGAAGGCCGAACUGAGGAGUGUGACGAAGCUUGUGCUGUAGCCAUGUGCAACCUUGGCGACAUCGCGGCCAUGGCUGGUGAUGUUGAGGAAGCGAAGCGUAGGUUCCGCGAGAGUCUUGAGCUAAGCCAGAAGCUUUCGUUCGAGCCAGGAAUGAUACAAGCCAAAGACGGCCUCAAACGUCUGUCAUCCACUAAGUCGGCAAAGGACUAA